AUGUAUUCUCUCUCGCAACGUUUCCAAAAUGUUACAAACCAGGCAUUGACUUAUAGUUUUCUAAUUAUAGGGUUUGUCAUUGCCACCUCAUGGUUUCAUUUACAACAGAAUAACGUAUUUCAAACUCCAGUUGCGAUAAACACUUUAAACUCUAAUAUAAAUGUUAGAUCAAGUAGGUUUUUUGGCUCAACCACUGGCAAGCCAAAGGAAAAUGCUAAAAUCACUUUUGAUUUGGAUGCAGACUUUACACCUUUUUUCAAUUGGAAUACUAAGCAAAUAUUUGCUUAUUUGGUGGCUGAAUACAAUGGUGAUGAGAAAAAUACUAAAAAUACUGUCACAUUUUGGGAUAAAAUUAUAGCAGACAAGGAAAACGCAGUUUUAUCUAUAAAAUCAGAAAAAUCAAAAUACGCAGUUUGGGAUCUAGAAGAUAAAUUUGCAGGAAGAGAACUUACAUUUAAAUUACAAUGGAAUAUACAGCCAUGGAUCGGUCCUUUGGUUUUUGGUGAAACUGUCGGUAACUGCACAUUUACGUUGCCCGUAGAACAAAAGGAAAAGGCAUCUUCAAAUACAAAUAACGAUGAAGCUACAGCUGAAAAACCACAAAAGAAGAAUAGAAAGGCUAGAAAAGCUAGAAAAGCUAAAGCAACCAACAAAGAUUCCACUGAAAAUAAAAAUUGA